AUGGGGUGCCACACGUCACGCACUCUCUGCACGGAUGCCCACGGUACUGCGGCUGCGACAGGCGCCGCCACGCAGCUGUCUACGUACGCCGGCGCACCGUUAGAUGCAGUGGUCGCCUACGAGCGUGCGGCGCUGCGCCUGUCGCACGAUCUGAACCAUCUCAGACGCAGCGCGGAAACGACUACAGAGAUAGCGCUGGUACGCAGCAUUGCUUCCACGCCGACGGGUGGGAACGGUCCGGCAACUGCAUCACAGCCCCCACGACGUCCUCUGCUUCAGUUUUGCAUCGACGUGCAAAAAGCGUUGCGACAGCAGCAUGAGCCGAGGCAACACCACCGGCACACGUACGAGAAAGAGGUGGUGGCGGUGGAGACUGCUUAUCAGGAUGGAGUGCCGGUGCUGCUGCAAGAGCUUGCCUGGGAAUGGUGCAGCAGCGCAGCAGAAGAGCGUCAGGGUAAAACCAGUAAUGCUGGCAGGCCGUCUGCGCUGAGUGCAGAGCAGAUGGCAGCGUGGAAAACCCACACCGCACAGCUCCUAUACGCCUAUGUGAGCUCGCGGCGAUACAAGAAGGCGCUGCGGCGCGCGAGGAAGGCGGCAGCGACUGGCGCGAGAGUCCUCCACCCUGCAGUGGCGUCAGCAGUAGGACGAGGUGGCGAGGCCAGGAGCGACGGUGAGCGCGGUGCGCCUGAGCCGCGUGUGUUUCGCACCUUGUUCAAGUCAUAUGCCGGGCUGGGCCGCUCGCUGACCACAUCGCACAGCGCUGCCGCUGGUGCUGCUGCGCGCUCUUCUUCAGCGGUCAAUUCCAGAAGCGCUGUGACACCAUCAAUGUGGUGCGCGGCACUCUGUCAGUUUGUGAGUGCGCUUCCCGAGCCUCUGAUGCCAUCCUUGUGCAGUCGUCGUCUCGAGCCCUUCGCUGGCGCGCCCCCAAGCAGGUCUGCUGCCGCCACCGCUCCUACGUCAACCGCUCACGCGACAUACGUGGAGGUGCGCCGAGUGGUUUCGGAGUCGUUCAUAUCAACCGACGUGGUUGCAUACAUCACGUUUUGCUAUGUCCUCGACCUCGUCCGUGAGCACCGCGCCGAGUUGACCGGGGACGAGGUGGAGGCCGUGGCGAAGGCGAUCGUGCGGGAGCCGAGCCUCCCCCAGACGACACGGGAGGUUGCCCACGCUUGCGACCCUGAGGCGCGCAUGUUUUGGCCUCCGCGAACGUCAGUGGCUGUAUCAUCAACGGCUGCUGCUGCUGCUGCUGCCAUGGUGCGUGGGAAAGUACCGGGAGAGGAUGGCAGACGCAGCGGCAACAGCAUAAAGGACGGGAGUGGACGGAAGGGAGUCGCUGCUGCUGGGGGUGGAGAAACCGGUACGCACAGUCAACUCGCAGCAGCAAAACCAGCCGUAUGCGCCGCCGUGGAAGUUGUUGUCAAAGCGCCAACUCCAUCGACGACACCUGCCGCUGCAGGUGGUGGGAUGCGGCGACCGUCCACGUCAUCUUCCAGCGCCACUGGCAGUGAGGAAGACGACAGCGCGAGUGAACGCCACCCUCCGGCCGCGGCGGCUUGCGCCAUUCCAGCUGCUGCCCAACGAACGGAGGACAUGCACCGCGCCCCACCUGUCUCUCAGCAGGGCUCUUCGAAGACUGGAGCAGCAGCAGUGUCUCAUCCGCAACCAGAUCGAAAGGAGCGCUUUAUAGCCUCCAGUGAGGCGCCUUUCGUGAAGGGUACUUCUUCCGUCGGCGAGAACAGCAGUUCCGUUGCAUCUGUGCACCGUCGCCAGGUCGCUCAGCGGAGCGCCACGCAACUGAUGCCUCCCUCAGGGGACGAGAACGUGCAGCGCUCUAGUGUGCUGGCGAGCCGCCCAGAUCUCACAGCACUGUCAAUGAGCAGGCUCAACUCCGCUCUGUACUCCUCUGCGCUCGAAGACCCGGCAGCGGUGGAGGCGGAAGCCGAGGAUCUGCGCUGUGCCUUGCAGAGGUUCAGCGACUCUUCGCUGCCCGCGGCAGCCAGCAUCCGCAACCACGACGACGACGGCGACGGCAUCCAUUCACGCUCCCCAAGCGGAGAGAGCGGCUCUCCACAAGAUAGCUCCAUCGACGAUGUCAGUACGCCCCUAGCGCCGGUGCCGCCACGACCACCGCAGCUAUCGUCCCCACAUCGCGUUCCGCUAACCUCCACCUCUUCCCAACGGGAUGAGCCCCACCUAUUGCCGAAAUGCGGCGGCGCCGCAACGCCCACACCUGCGGUAGCCCUGCUGCCUCUCCCCUUGGCACAGAGGACCGCUGCACCGCUGCCGGCAACGGCCUUCCGUGCGCAGGCGGAGCAGCCGCUUCUCACAGCUCUCAUGGUCGCCAAGCAGCACUUUCUGGCAGCGGUGAAGAUGACGCCUGCAAGAGGGGCCGCCGCCGCCCUUUCGCCGCCGCAAACCGCAGAGGUUGUUGGCCGGACCGCCGCAGGCGGCAAGGGCUGCUCAGGCAGCUUCGUUGAUCGUCGCCUUGAAAACGUGAUGGCUCGCGCGCGCGAAAUGGGUUGGACGUCACCCGAGAGCCUCAUCGAGUCUCUCAAGGCGGCGCAGUGGCACUCGCACGGCAAGACGCCGGCGAUUGCCGAGGCCGAAGCAGCGGCUCUGCCGUCGCCACACGUGCCUGCAUUUAAGCCGGAUGCACUCAGCUCUUCGAGUGAUCGGCAUGCACAACCGCGCCUGCCGCAGCCGCGCGACGAGACACCGCAUCAGGCGCGAAAGGGCGCGGCCGUCUCGGGCGCCAACUCCUCCAUCACCGAGUGUUGGUCUGGGCACGGUCCAGUGAGCCAGCAGCCCCACACGCCCCACCAGGGGGCUGACGCCUGCCGCGCCUUUCCCUCCUCUCGAACGGAGUCCGCCGAUUCAGCGAUGCGUGUCGAGGCGACGCGCGUGCUCUGCAGUGGCGGUGCCGCGCACGCGGGCCUCCCGAGCGAGUCGCUGCUCUCGCCACCAGCGGCUGAGAGCAGCCGCGUGGCUGGCACCGGGCAUGCGUAUCCUCCUGCUCCUCUGCAAGGUCAUGAAGGUCUCGUGAGCUCCGGCCUCACUAACCCCCUCACAAGGCUGACUAUGCCCACCAGUGCCACCGCCGGCGCGGCGGCUGCACAGCCUUUGAUCGAGCUGGAGCAGGAGCUAGUGAAGUUGCGCCAUCUAGUACGCACGCUCGAGUCGAAGCAGUUUGUUCACGCUCACCAGUCGUCCGCACAAGCGUCCGAGUUACAGGCGCAGUGUGCGGAGCUGCAGCAUCAACAGCUCGCGCAGGCGAAAGAGCUGCGUCUCGCUCUUGCACGACUGAUAUCCGUUGGGAAUGAGCUGGAGGGCUUGCGCGAUGUGAAGACGCACCUGCAAAUGCAGCUGACAGCGUCCCAACAAGAGAGCGCACGGCUGCGAGACGCGCUGCUGAUGGGUGAAACACGCGCACGUGACGUGCAGUAG